CAUAGGCGAGUUGAUACCUCUCUAGUAGUUCCGUUCAGGUCUACCUGCUCGUACAUCACCAACUACCACUACCUACGAUACAACCUCGCCUUUUAUCCACCCGUCCUAGCACAAUUCCCACGCGGCGCUAUGAUCUUCUAAAUACCACCGCUACCCGGAAUUUUAUGGUCUGCCCUGUAAGAAGCUUGCUCCAGCUUGGGGCGACCCAGAGUGAAAGUACAACGCUCGAAACACCGCAGCUCAUCUUCCAGCAGGACCGAGAACUAUUAUGACCGCCGACCUGCCGGGUCCUAAUCUUGCACCUAACGACUCGCUGCCUGAUGAACAAUUGAUUACCGUGCCCAAAACUUCCGCUGCCUGCCAGCCUCUGAACAAAAUGAAGUCGAACGGUUAUCCCGAAACCCAUGAGGUUCCUCUGCCGGAGUCGGAAGCUGUUGAGAAGAAUACAAAACUCGGUAUUGAUGCGAGAUCCAAAAUCUCAAGCCUACUGAAGGAUAGAGAACAGGAAUGGACAGCGGUAGCAAAGAAAGAGGGACCGCUUCAACUACUGGAUUUGCCCAUGGAUGUGCUGAAAGAAAUUGUGAAAGAGGUAAUGUUUGGAGUGAGUGGUAUACACAAUUCCUAACUAACUUAGUAUAGGUUACUCAUACAAACGAUCUGACUGCCUUAGCACUUACCCAUUCUGCUCUGCAUAACCUUGCCAUCCCACAUAUUUAUUCGAGAUUCGACAUUGUAUGGCCUGACGCCCACGCCACGAAUGACCCCAGAACUGGGGUUGAUGCCCUUACCUAUGGACUUGCAACACUUUGUAUGGGAGACACAUUCUCACAACAAACCCCUGACCAGUCAUUUACUUGUUUGAACUGCGGAACUGUCAACUCCACCGAUUGCACCCAUAGUCUGAUAGCGGCUCCAGGGAAUGGCCAAAGACGAUUGGGAAAUCAAUAUCCACAGUUUACAAGAAAGUUUUCAUUGGGAAAUGGACCUGCUGAUUGGGUACAGGAAUACCUAAUUACCAAGGAGAGCGGGAAAAUGUUGGGAACACUUGUAGCCUUAGCCGUGGCUAGGAUGGUAAAUUUGGAGGCAUUUGUUUGGGAUAUGCCAACUGGUGUUCUGACAGAUGUGUGGCUUGCUCUCUCGUCCCUAGAAUCUAGGAGUCCAAACAAAGAAUGCCGAUUGGAGCGGGUUUGGGUUAGGUGGCAUGAUAAUUCUGAAGCUGCGAAUCCUUCUGCUCCUCCUGCUCCAUCCAAUAAUCCCCAGCAGAUGUUUUCGGGGAGUACCAUGACAUCUGUUGGUUGGACAGUUCCUUUAGGAUCUUCAAACCCUCCACCCCUUCGAGCGCUCGCCCAGAGUCAUGUUGAAUACCCAACACUGAGCGUUUUGCCUCCGCUCAAGAGUCUGUCGGUACUGGAUAUCGAUGAGCUAGACUACCUCGAUGAAAUGAGUGUCUUGAUCGCAAAAUCAAAAACCCGCCUACGUGAAUUGAGGGUUGGCAUAGCUGCAAAAGCUGUCACUCGGGAAUUUGCCAUUGCUUGGGACGGACAAGACUUGCAGCAGGUUGACCAUAAGGCACAGUGGCCAGGCGCCAGCACUAUUGGGGAAAGACGGCUGGGAGGUGUUUUAGGGAUUCUCUUGGGCCGUAUAUUCGACAUCCGCAAGAAACCACGAGCAGCCAAACCUGAGAAGAAAGAUGCGAUUGCAGUGGCCUCAUCUACACCGAUGCCGAUUGAAGCUCAACACAUAGAGACCGAAGUACCAUUUCCAAUCGACAUGUCAAAUGGAGAGAGCCUGGGAAAUCAUAAUGUGCACCCUACAGAGACUUCUUUGGAAGAAGACUGGGCUGGAAAACAAAACGUUUUAGCUAAUGAAGGUACAUACAACACCGGUGCCCAUCAUAUAACGGAUCCGACUUUCACAAGCAUGCCUCUCGACCCAGUACAAUCUGAUAUUGAAUCGCUCAAUGCAUUGAUUUCUGCUCACGGCCUUCAUGCCACUCCUAACGAAGAGAGCUUUGCUGACUUGCAACCGGUUACUGGCACAGAUCCCACUUUGAGACGAGUGCCAACGCAAAGUCAGAAACAAUCUCAUUUUUCAGAAAAUCACUCGGCAGAGCGAGAACGGCUUGAUGGGAGAUUGAGAUUACAAACGUUGGAAUUGGAACGCAUUCCAUUGUCUGUGUCGGUUCUCCAGAAGGGAUUUGACUGGUCUGUCCUAACAAAUUUGACCAUACUGGAUUGUCCACAGCAUGACAGACUAUGGGUGAUGCUGCGGAGACACUUCCAGCCUACGCCCAUUGGCCCAGGCCACUCAUCGAGACAUAGUUCCAGCGCCAUGCAGUAUCAUUUAAACUUGAAGAAAAUUCACACCGAUGCUGCAUCUCCAUCGCUCAUCUCGUUUCUGAAGGAGACUCUAGCACCGAAUACGUUGGAGACUCUCUUCCUACAAGACAGGAAACGUUCAAGCGCCACCAAUGUCACGAUUGUAAGCUGGCUCUUUUCGUUUAAGGUUUGACAACAAACUAACCAAAGAUUCUUAGGAUGCAAUAUAUAAAGGACCAUUAAAGAGACAUCGUGCCAGUUUGAAGAAAUUAAUGCUCGACAGUUCAGACAAGAUACCCCGAGGCCCAACAAGUUCAUCAGAAAGCUCAAGAUAUAGAGCUUGGAUGCCAACCCGCGAUGUAUUGAGUUUCAUUACCAGCGGUCGGAUGUCUAGUUUACGAGAAUUGAGCAUUGCUAUUGAUUACAAGGAUUGGGUAAGAUAUUCCCCUUUCUUUCAAAAAUGUGAUUGGAAGCUUACGCUGGUUAGCAUCAUUUUCUUCAACGCCUGUGUCAGAUUCCUCAUCUGCGAUCCUUGAACGUUCCUUUUAUUGCAGACCAUGUUACGGCGGCUUUCGUUCCGCGAGAGCUGGUAAUGCAAGUAAUUGAUGUUAUACACUUGCGACCGGAGGUUGAGCUCUGCUACAUUGGUAUAUCCGAUAAAUGUUUCGAGAUCCUUGAAAACCGCUCCAGCGAUGAAACGCAUGGCUCUACAGAUAUGGGGCAAAGCAUAUUGGCUGAUGGUCCCGAGGGGGCUGAUGACGAGGAUGAGGACGAGGACGAAGGAAGCGAGGAUGAUGAAGACGAGGAAGAAGACGAGGAUAACGGGACCGCCACGGCGGCUGUUGACCCCGAUGAAACAGAAUCCGACAUGUCAGAUCACGAGGAUUCGGAUUCGGAUUCUUCGGAUGGUUCCGACGAUGGGCACUCUAAAAUUCGUCUUCGACCAAGGGAAAUUCUGUUUUAUGAUGACAAAGUAGCUAUAUUCAAAGCUCGUCACGGAAAGCUAUAAUCGCCGGGUUGUGGGGAGGGGGAAAACGUAAUGGAGUCAUUUACAUGUACAACUUCUGGAGUUCUUGAGCGCAUUGGUAAAUUUGCACUCUAUUGCAUUGCCAGA